AUGACUCACCUUUUCCUAAGACAGAGCGGCCUCGAUAGAUUAGACGCUCUUCUCCAAGCCCCCUUCAACCGUCAGCAGCAGCAGGAGGGGGAGGAGGAGCAGCAGCAGCAAGAGCAGCAGCAGCAGCAGCAGCAGCAGCAGGAGCAGCAGGAGUGGCUAAAUGACCUAGCAGCAGAAAUGCUACGGCAACGUCUAAUAUUCAGACGAAGAAGAAUAACAAGAAAAAUAAAAGCUCUCUGGUUGGCGAAGCUAUGUGCUGCUCGAUUUUUGCUGCUGCGCCUCGCCGCCUCGAGGAAGAAAAUGCUGCAGCAGCAAACUGCUGCACUUGUUGAGGCUUUACGAGCAGCAGCAGCAGCAAAAGCAGAAGCAGCGGAGGCAGCAGCUAGGGCAGAGGCAGAAGCAGCAGCAGCAGCAAGGGCAGAAAUAGAGGCAGCAGAGGCAGCAGCAAGGGCAGAGGCAGAGGCAGCAGAGGCAGCAGCAAGGGCCGAGGCAGAGGCAGCAGAGGCAGCAGCAAGGGCAGAGGCUGAGGCAGCAGAAGCAGCAGCAAGGGCAGAGGCUGAGGCAGCAGAAGCAGCAGCAAGAGCAGAGGCCGAGGCAGCAGAAGCAGCAGCAAGGGCAGAGGCCGAGGCAGCAGAAGCAGCAGCAGCAGCAGCGCGAAAAGAAGAGGAGCAAAGGAGGGCUCAAUACAUGGCUACCCGUAUACAGCGAUGCUGGCGAGCUGCAAGGAGGCGCCGCGAUUUGUUGCUGCAGCAACAGCAGCAGCAGCUGCUGCAGCAACAAGCUGAGGAGCAGCAGCUGUUGCAGCAGCAGCAGCAGCAGCAGCAGCAGCAGCGAGAACGAGCAUCAGGGAGUCAACAGCCAGCCAAACGCUUAAGGCUUUCGGAGUCCCCCAGUGCUGCAGCAGUUGCUGCUGGCCCUGCUGCUGCUGCUGCUGCUGCUGAUGUUGCUGCUGCAGUAUAUGGGGAUACCAGCUCUGAUCAGCAACACAUGCAGACACCAACAGCAACAGCCGCAGCCGCCGCAGCAGCAGCAGUGGCGAGGGAAACAGCAGCAGCAAUAUGCAUCCAGAGACACUGGAGAGGCAGCAGCAGCAGAAGGGGAAAGGCUGAGCUGACACGGCAGCUGCUGCUGCUGCAGCGUGCAGUACGCAGGUGGUUAGCAGCAAGGCGUACCCGGGCACAACGGCAGCAGAAGCUGCUGCUGCAACAGCAGCAGAAGCUGCAGCAGCAGCAGAAGCUGCAGCAGCAGCAACAGGAGCAGAAGUUGCCGCAGCAACAGCAGGCAGCCUAUGCAGCAACAGCAGCAGCAGCAGCAGCAGCAGCAGGCGAACGAGAGAAUGUGUCUCCUGAUAGUUCCCAGGCAAGAAUGGUGGAGUGGAAGGCAGCAGAAGUAGCAGCAGCAGCAGCAGCAGAAGCAGCAGAAACUGCUGCUGCAGAGGCUCGUGCUGCAGCAGCUGCUGCUGCAGUACACUACCAGCAGAUGGCAGCAGCAAGGGCCCCCUCUCUUAUACCCAGGGCCCCACCAGCCGCAGCAGUAAUGGCAAGGAGGACAGACAGCAGCAGCCGCAGCGCAUCAGCUGCAGGGGGGCCCCUUAAGUACAGCAGAAUGGAGGCACCACACAGCCCUUGGGGGCCCCAUGGGGCCUUUUUCUCUUCUUCUCAGAAGUCUGCAUGCACUCCAGGGCUUGCUGCUGCUGCUGCUGCUGGUGUGCCAGGUGGUGCGGGUGCCGCAGCUGCGCUGGAGCGGGGCUCGCUUGGCGUAGGUGGCUGGCCCAACAGCAGCAGCAGCAGCAGCCCCAGCUUCUCUGUGUCUGCUGCAGCGCCAGCCACGUCUGCUGCUGGUGGUGCAGCAGCAGCAGCAGCAGCAGCAGCAGCAACAAACACGAGAAGUCUGUACACGUCAGAGGUACUGUAUAAAUCCUUCAUUCCGCAGCCGCGCAUCAGAUACAAUACGCAGCAGCAACAGCCAAAAGCUGCAGCAGCAGCAGCAGCAGCAGCAGCAGCGACAGCAGCAGCACCAGCGCAUGCAGCAGGUAUUAAAGACAAUCCAAGGGCUCUUUCUGCCAUUCCUUCUCCUCCCCACUUCGCAACUCAGCGAAAGAGGCGACCCUGUGCCCUCUAA